AUGAAGAAGGGCAAGAGGAAGAAGCCGGAGGCCAGACGCCGCGGCUCCUCCUCCCAGCACACCAGCUCUGAGUCCACCUCGCAGCAGCUGAGCUCCGAGCCCAGCCCGCAGCAACCGGGCUCCGGAUCCACCCCGCAGCAGCCCAUCAAUGGACCAGCCCCUCAGCCCGGCCCUGAAUCCACCCCACAGCAGCCUGCGCCCCAGGCUCUCCCAGCUCCUGAAGUCAGCCACUCGGCUCGGGGCCCGCUGCCUCCAGACACGGACACAAAAGCAGCCCCUCAAUCCAGGAAAACAGGGCCUCUGACUCGUGCGGGCCCGCGCCCCUUCUGUUCCUGUUCUGCUUGCCCUGGCAGCUCUGCUUGCUGGCGUCGUCUGGGCCUGUGCCACAGCCACAUCUUCGAUGUCCUUCUGCCUCGGGCCUGGCCCACCAUGCCAGGGAGAGGACUCCCAAACCUCCUCACCUUCUACAGGAGACCUUCAAGAAAGCCCUCCGUUCAUCGUAACGCGCGUGCUCCAAGUCCUCGGGACUGUUGCUGUGGCUCUGGGGGCCCUGGGAGCUGCCUACUACACCACUGAAUACUUGUGAUCAACCCCUAGGCCCGCGGCC